CAAAUUUUGCAAGUGAAUUUCUCUCCUGCACCGUUCGCUACUGUUACCGAGUUGUUUUAUAUUUUUGCAUAAAUUUUACUGUUAUUGUUACCGAGUGUUACACUUUCGCAAAUUUUGAUUGAUUGCCCGUGACUAAUCGCGUGUGGUUUUUUCGGUUUUGCGUUCAAGCUCGCGAGUGGUUUGCUGGGAUUUUCUUCUCUUGUGAUUGCUAGAUUUUUUUUUAAAUGUUAUUUGGUUCAGUUUCGGUGUCCAUGUGUUCGUGUGUCCGUGAAUGUGGGCAAAAGUCGUGCCCCUCGAGUUAAAAAAGAAACUUUGCAUGUGUUUGCCGAGUUUGGUCAGCACGCUGUUGAUUUACGCUUCGGCGACAUACGGGGCGAGCGUUCUGUGAUCGAUUCUCGUCGCUGACACAUCUGUUUUCUUUUUUUUUGUUGUUGGUCGGACUCUCGCGCGUUCGCUCUCUUCGAGUGUGCAUUUGUAAACGCAGAGAGUGGUGACAACUGUGUGUGUAUGUGUUUGGAAUAGAGUUGGCACACUACGUUCUGCGAACUGUCACUUCUAGCAGAUCCCGAGUCAUAGCACACUUCGGUCUCGCUCUCUAUCGUCGACGACCUUUCUGACAUUGAAACGGCGAGCUGCGAGCUCACUCGUCUCUGUGAAUCGGUGGAAGCAGCUAGCUGCGGCAAGUUCCUGGGCAGGAAGGUUCCUUAGGGUCCGAUCCGGUAUAGAAUUGAAUUGGUUUUGUGAACAGACCUCUCUGCCAAGGUCGAAGCUGGCGAUUUGAACGAAAAACUGAUCCGUUUCUGUGUGUUCUGUGUGUGUUUGUGUGUAUUUUUUUUCUCGAUGUGUGUUCUCUUUCCGGUUCCGUGGGUUGACUUGACGUGAAAAUUCGAUCCGACCGUCGUCGUCGCGGGCAGUCUUUGGUGCUCCAGGAGCAAAAGGAAAAAGAUUAACCAGCUCAAAAGGAUGGCCAAGGACGAGGAGGAUGACCUGCUGCCGGACAAGGAUGCGGCCAAGGGCUUCUACGCCAAGUACGAGCCGAAGGAGAUCCUCGGAAGAGGCAUCAGCUCGACGGUUCGGCGCUGCAUCGAGAAGGAAACGGGCAAGGAGUUUGCGGCCAAGAUCAUCGACCUGGGGGCGGCCGAAACCGGCGACUCGAACCACAUGCUCGAAGCGACCCGGCAGGAGAUCCAGAUCCUGCGCCAGGUCAUGGGCCACAAGUUCAUCAUUGAGCUGCAGGACGUGUUCGAGUCCGAUGCGUUUAUUUUCCUGGUGUUCGAGCUGUGCCGGCAGGGCGAGCUGUUCGACUAUCUGACCUCGGUGGUGACGCUGUCCGAGAAGAAGUCGCGCUACAUUAUGAGACAAAUCUUCGAGGGCGUCGACUACAUCCACUCGAAGAACAUCGUCCACCGCGACCUAAAGCCGGAGAACAUUCUGCUCGACGACAGCCUGAACGUGAAGAUCACCGAUUUUGGCUUCGCGCGGCGACUUAAGGACGGCGAGAAGCUGUUUGACCUGUGCGGCACGCCUGGAUACUUAGCACCGGAAACGUUGAAAUGCAACAUGUUUGAGGAUGCGCCCGGCUACUCGAAGGAAGUCGAUAUUUGGGCCUGUGGUGUCAUCAUGUUCACACUGCUAGUCGGCUGUCCCCCGUUCUGGCACCGGAAGCAGAUGGUCAUGCUGCGGAACAUCAUGGAGGGCAAGUACAGCUUCACCUCGCCCGAGUGGGCCGACAUCUCAGAGGACCCGAAAGAUCUGAUCCGCAAGUGCUUGGUGGUGGACCCGUCGAAGCGUAUCACCGUGACAGAGGCCUUGAAGCAUCCGUUCUUCAAUACAGUACUUUUCGAACAAGACAUUGGCCCGUUGAAACGCAGCCUGUCGGCCAAGUCGAGACGGUUGAGCCGUAUCGCCGACCUGGCACUGAACGUCCCGGAAAAAUUACGUAAACAAAGUCAGUUUAACGCUAGAAAAAAGUUUCAAUUCGCUAUAUUGUGUGUUAGAGCAAUGGUUAGAAUAAAGCGGCUGCGGUACACGCCGGAACCGCUGCGGGCCGAGGACGCCCUCCGGGACCCGUACCGCAUCAAGGUGCUGCGAAAGGUCAUCGACGGCUGUGCAUUUCGAGUGUACGGCCACUGGGUCAAGAAGGGCGAGGGCCAGAACCGGGCCGCCCUGUUCGAGAACACUCCUCGAUGCGAGGUUUAUAACCUUUAUAUCAACAGCCUUAAUCGGUAAGCUGGCUUGAGGUUCGAGAGAGGAAAGGGGAAGCCACCGUGCAGUUCCAGGGAUCACCGAGCUCACUAUCUGCUACUAGCAAACCCCCCCCCCCCCCAGUGCGGUGCGUGUGGAUUGGCGUUUGCGUCAAGUAAGUCUGGUUGUUCUGUAAGUGCGAACGUAUGUAUGUAUGUCUGUGUGUGUUUGUGCCUGUGGAUCAGGAGCGCCAAUCCGGGGCAGGAGCAGCAGGGAUCCGAGAGCGGAAUUUAGCUAGUAGACCAGAAAUAUUUUUAGGAUACAUGAAAUUUUAUGAUUUAAAGAAAACACAUACUACUUAUUUAUUUGAUAUCACUUUGGGUUUGGGCAAAUAUUUUAUCCAGAGUUUUGAGUUUCAAAAACUAUACAAAAUAAUUGCUCUUUCCUGAUUAAUUGUUAAAGAGCAAAUUCGGUCGUAUCGUGAAAGUUUUGUUAUUUAGCUCUUAUAUCCUGUAAACAGUUAGUACUUUCAUCGAGAGUUUUGGAAUCAUUUAAUCCGUAAGGCAGCUGCAAAUAAGUGUUUAGGCCAUUAUUCGCAAAACAAAAUAUAAAGCACACCCAAACCUUGUUAACUAGGUAUUCUAAAUCAUAUAUCUUAAUCGCUGAAGUUGAUAUCUAUUCUAGUUUUGAUAUUACGCGUGCGGAGAAAGUCUGUUUUUUCUAUUAUCAUUAUCAAAAGUUAUAAUAGCUUAUGGAACAUCAGUUAUAGUGUGAAAAGAAAAUAAAACUUUUUAGGAAAAGCAAAGAAAAAAAAUCAUACCCACUAAAUAUAGUAGCACUGUAAGGUGGUGUAAUCCUGUACCAAGAAGCAGAAAAAGCAAGAAGCUUAAACUGAAAUGCCAAUAGAGCGAAUAGAUGCUUGGAUAAACACAAAGAAUGUUAAGAUAAACACAGUGUUUAAAAA